UAAACAAAACAGAAGCAGCAAAUACUUAAGCAGAUUUUUGCAAAUUGACAAAAAACUAAGAGCAAUUUAAAUAAAACUCAAAUGUCGCUUCUUGAGCAAUAUGAACAGCAAUAUGCAGCGCUAAUCGCCGAAAUAACUGCACAUAUUGGUCGUCUGCAGCAGAACGCAAUAGCCGAACGCAAUGAACUGUGCACCAAAAUCGAUGCCAGCUUGUCCGAAGCACAAGAGCUGCUCGAGCAAAUGGGCCUAGAGGUGCGCGAACUCAAUCCAUUGCAGCGCAGUGCCUUCAAUAAUAAAAUCCAGGUCGCCCAGGCGGAGUUGAAGCGCCUGCAAGGGGAAUACAAACAAACGAAAGACAGAUUACGAUCGCAGGCAAACAGUUUCACCACCCUGGAUUUAGCUGGCGGUGGUGACUACUACGAGGAUGUAGCCAUCAGCAAUGAUCAGCGCCAGCGAUUGCUCGAAAACUCCGAGCGCAUUGAACGCACCGGCAAUCGACUAACUGAGGGAUAUCGUGUAGCUAUUGAAACGGAAGCACUAGGCGCACAAGUUCUCAGUGAUUUACAUCAUCAACGCGAGACGUUGCAGGGCGCACGCGCUCGUCUAAGGGAAACGAAUGCCGAUUUAGGACGCGCCUCCCGCACCCUUAAUUCGAUGAUGCUGCGCGCACUGCGCGAAAAGGUCGUCCUUUAUGGCGUUGGGAUUUGCUUUGUGGUUGCUGUUGGAGUGAGCCUCUAUUUAACAUUUGCACCCAGCUCCACAGCGGCCACAUCAUAGUUUUGCGGCUAUAAAAAACAUUAGGGCAUUCCUUGUUGAGUUAAUUGAUUAUUUAUUAUUAGUUUCAAAUGUGAGUUAGUUAUGUAUAUUGCAGAAACUUUAAGCACUAAA